UGUUAAUAAAUAUUUUUUUGUUUCAUUUUAUUAUAUAUUCAAUAUUUUCAACUCCCUACACAAUCACACACUGCAACCAAUAGAAGAAGCGCCACACAGACACACAUACAUCGUAAAUACAUUUAUAUAAAGAGGAGGGAAAGACCAAUUGGUCCUACAUUGCAGUUCCGACGAACCCUAUUCCCAACACUCGAUCCAACAACAACAAUCAUCACACACACACACUCACACACACACAUAAAUGACUAUGAAUCCGUGCUCUGUGCCCACACCCGUGCCCGACGUGGAUGGUGACAAACGCUGGCAGAGCAUACAUCGUCGCUUCAUUUCCGAUUGCCGGGAAAAGGAUCCGGAUGUGAUAUUUUUGGGCGAUUGCAUAUUCGAAACACUGCAAAAUAGCGAGACAUGGAAUCAAUAUUUUGCACCAUUGCAUUGCUUGAACUUCAGCAUACGUGAGGAUUGCACCGAGCACGUCCUCUGGCGUAUCGAGAACGGGGCCUUGGAUAAUGUAAAUCCCAAAAUUGUCGUACUCCAUGUGGGCACAAACAAUGUAACAAAUACGGCCGAAGAAGUCGCCGAAGGUAUUCUGGCCAAUGUGCAAAAAGUAAGACAAAAGCUGCCAAAUGCCUACAUUCUGCUGCCGUCUCUCCUGCCGAGGGGUCAACAGCCUAAUAAGCUGCGCGAUAAAAAUGCCAAAAUCAAUGAUCUGGUGAAAGAGCUAACCAAAGGUCAAGAUCGGGUUCAAACAUUGGCCAUCGACAAGGGCCUAAUCCAAACGGACGGCAGCAUCAGUCACCAUGAUAUGUUUGAUUACAAGAAUCUAACGAAUACAGGAGCUAAAAAGAUACUCGAACCUCUAAGCGAUUUGCUAUCGCAAAUACUCAAUGAGAACGAGCUGGAACGCGAUCUCACGCCCUCCGAAUAAGGAUAUGCAGACUUUUUCAAAUGGUCGAAUCAAUGAAAAGUCAGUUGGAAUCCAAUUAAAACAAAAAAAAGAAAAAACAACAAUUCACGAACUUCAAAGUUUCCUUAUUCCACAUUCACGACCCACCCACACACACACAUACACACACACCUCUAUUAUUAUAAUUACACGCAUACAAACCACAUAACUUCCUCCUAUAUAAUCUUAAGCUCACUCACAAAGAAAUAUAAGAAAACGAAAUGGAAAUUUGAAAUGAAUUCUAUAUAUUUCCCCCUCCCAUGUACACAAUUUUGUAUUUUGACAUUUACAAUUAUAUAUAUUAUAUACAUACAUAAUUACAUCCAUCGAUCAUCAUCAUGAUUUACAUACAUUCCCUAAACUAAAAAAAAAAAAAAAGAAAGAACAAAACAAUCUCUCAAUAAAAACUAUUUGCCUAAUGUAAACAUAUUUAACAAAAAGAAAGGAAAA